GACUUUACAUAACACAACUACAUCAUAACAAAUCCUACAAUACACAACACUACUCAAAAUCACCCAACAAUGACAGAUUCAGCUCUUACCACAUUGACCCUUGAUGGUCUCACAAAGAUCGCGGAAGGGAAAGUUCGAAACCUCUAUGAAAUUGAUGAGAAGACCCUUCUGUUCGUUGCAUCAGAUCGCAUUUCAGCUUAUGACGUGAUUAUGGAAAAUGGUAUCCCCUCCAAAGGCGCACUCCUCACUCUUCUUUCCGCGCAUUGGUUUGAGGUCCUCACAGGUCUAAUCCCCAAUCUCAAAACUCACUUCCUGACUCUCUCCCUUCCCUCCUCCAUCUCCUCAUCCCAAAGCUCACUUCUCCGAAACCGAUCUAUGCAAGUACGUAAGCUCAAGAUCUUCCCUAUCGAGGCCAUCGUACGCGGUUACAUUACCGGUUCCGCCUGGAAAGAAUAUCAAAAGUCAUCCACUGUUCAUGGUAUUCAAAUACCUGCAGGCUUGCAAAAUUCUCAAGCUUUCCCUCAAGGAGCUAUCUAUACACCUUCUACCAAAGCCGAAGCUGGCCAAAAUGAUGAGAACAUCCAUCCUUCAGAGGCAGCCAAGAUUGUAGGUGAAAAGUAUGCGCAGCGCAUCGAAGAUUUGGCAAUCAAGCUAUACACUACUGCUCGAGAUUAUGCUGCAGAACGAGGUAUCAUUAUCGCGGAUACCAAAUUUGAGUUUGGAUUGGACGAGGAAACCGACGAGGUCGUUCUUGUAGACGAGGUUUUGACACCCGACUCGAGUAGAUUCUGGCCUGCAUCCAAGUACGAAGUUGGAAAGGAACAAGAGAGCUAUGAUAAACAAUUUUUGAGGAAUUGGUUGACGACCGAGGGACUCAAGGGCAAACAGGGAGUUGCAAUGCCAGAGGACAUCAAGUCGCAAACAGCUGAGAAGUACCGCGAGGCAUUUGAGAAAUUGACUGGCAGAAAAUGGGCAGAUGCUCUCAAGGAAGGCGAGUCUAAAUGAACGUACCUUGCAUGAAUAAAUAGACAGCAAUGAGUCUUGAAUUACCUAUACUCUGUUGUGAUUUCUGCAAAGAGGACAUGACAACUGUAGGAAGUCUACGGUCGUCGACUAUUUCCAAAGGCAAAUGCAUAUGAAGAAAUCAAUAUCUACCAAGUAAGUACUAGGUACUUUGUAGAUGAUAAAUCCAAUAUAAUGCUAGGUAGAUAUCUCUCAAGAAUGUUCAAGGUAUCGUUCUUUUGCUGAGAGAGAGAAAACAAAAAUCA